GAAAACAAAGAAGGACAGCUGAACUCUCGGAGAAAUAAAAUAAAAGAAGCGCAGGACUCACGCACCGUUCGCCGCGUCUUUUGUCGUUGCUGCGCGCGAGGAGGCUUAUCCGUCCCUGUUCUUUUUUAUUAUUCCUAUAUAUAUGUAUGUAUUUCCUGAUUUCCCAACCAACUAACCACCGCAAUUAUCAUUUUUUAGUGUAUAUUGCUUCCUCUUCUAUGUGCUCUAUGCUGUGCUGAUCAUCCUCCAGGUAUUCAUUGCUUUUAUUACUCUCCUUUGUUUCUUUUCCCCACCCCCCUUCUCCCUCCCUCCAGCCAUUCACAGGGGUCGGGAUCAUCUCUAUUUCAUGUUGUUUUGAGUGUUCCUUUAAUCGUGUUGCUGCUAGCAAACCAUCAUUCUUCUUCUUAUUAUUAUUCCUUACACACCCUUUUCAAGUUAAGCGUUGACGGUGAUAACUGUCGUAGGUGCGCGCUUCCAAGUUUCCAUUACUACGUCUAUUACUAUUAUUACUGCGUUUUUCAAGGGUCUACGGGUAGCAGCGCUCUAUUGUUGUUAUCGCUGUGAUCCGACCCGCUUUUGGCUCUUCUUUUCUGGUUGUGCACCUUCAUUUGUUCUCAUCCCUUCCCCCGUCGCUUUCUUCUUUUUUCGAGGAUUUCUUUUCUAUUUUCUCCUUUCUUUCCAUCUGCAUUUACCAUUGUGCGUUGUUGGUAUUGCCGCGGGGCAGAUCCCCCGUCUCGCCGACUCUCGCGCACUCCUCUCUGUUGAUCAUCAGGUUCUUUUCGUGGUGGUCGUGGCGGUGGUACAUCAUCCGCUAUUCAUUCAUUCGUGUUUGUUCUUAGGUUUCAUUGUAGAAGCUGAAGAGUGACAGCCGAACCAAAAGGAAAGCACAAACACACAAACUCUAAUUAUUAUAAUACGGUCUCUAACGAAACGGUUGUGAUUCUCUUCAUUACUUUGCGUUAUUUAUAUUUAUAUUUAUACGCCGCAUGUGCUUACUGAUCUCUUCUUUCGAUUGCUAUUUUUUUCAAUAACCUUUUUUCCUCUUUGCUGUUGUGUUGCUUUGCCUGUCCUCCCCUCCUUCUCCUUUUUUUUUCUCCAAAAGGGGGGCACAGCAUAUCGACCUUUCUAUCUAUCUAUCUAUCUGUCUCUCUCUCUCUCUGUGUGUGUGUGAUCGUGGUUACAACACUAGCCACAAGUGAAUCACUUCAUAAUAUGAAUCGGAGUUUCUAUUAUUAUUAUUAAUAUACUAUUUAUCGACGGACUUUUGAAUAUCAAUGUGAGAGUGUGUGUCUAGGUUGUUUUUCCUUGUUGCUUUCUCGGGAGUAUUCGCACUCAAACUCUUUCACAUCGUCAUUUUAUAUUAUUAUUACUGUUGUUGCUGUUGUUGCUGUUGCUGUUGGCUCUGCUCGCACUUCGUCUCUCCGAUUCCUACCUGCCGUCCGUCAUCCCUCAUCUCCAAUUCUCUUUGUUCUUGCGUGUUGAUUUCCUAUUGGAAAAAAGAAUCGGUUGAUCUUGAGCAUUUUGUCUUCCUUGUGUGUAUGUGUUUUUGGUUGUGUCUCCAGGGUUUUUUUAUUUGUUUUUUGAAGUCGUACGUAUUCGGGUGUCCGUCCCCUCCUUGUAUAGCGGGGACACACACACACACGCACAGACAGACAGAGAGAGAGAGAGAGACAUGCCUUGCGUGCGACUGUUCCGUUAGUUUUUUUUUCAUCCACAGUCAAAAACAGGGAAAACAGAAACCGCCGAAGGAGGUAUCUCUUUUUCUAUUAUUAGUAGUACUCAUUACUAUUUUUAUUAUCAUUGUCUCUCCCUCCCCCUCCUCCGUCUCGUCGUUCGAAGGAGUUGCGACACGCCGCUGCCUUCAGCGUCGUCUUCAGCCGUCUCCAUCACUCGCCGGUGCGCAUCUGUGUCGUUUAAUACCCCGUGUGUCCUGCCGCAGUGAGCUCCACUGAUUCCGCGAAGGCUGCAGCUAGCAUGCGCAGGAACAGGAGCACCAGGAGCAGCAGCGGUGGCAACGCUUUCUCCUUUUGGGAGGCAGACGACGAUGCGGAUGGCAGCCAUAUCCAUACUCUAUGCGAAGACGACACAAGCACGUCGAGCACGGCCGUUUACGCAGACGUCGGAUCAGGGAUGAAGAGCGCUCCUUCUCACAGAAGCAGCGGCGCUCCGCGGGGGUCGUCUCAUCAUAUCACGUACGCGGCCGUCCUGUCCGCAGCGCGACCUACCGCACAUGCAGGCAAGGAAUUACAACGGAGAAGUAGCGCGGAUAGCAGUAGUGACAUCAGCAGCAACAGCAGCAGCAGUGGUAAUGUUGGUGGUGGUGGUCACUGUGGUAGGACGCAGUGGCGCGACAGCUGGGCCAUGACCGUGGUGCGCCUCGUCGUCGUCCUGACGCUGCCACAUCUGUGCGUGUGGUACACCCUCCCGUGUGUUCUGCCGGUGCCGUCGACGGCCGAGGAAGCCGCCGCCCAGCCCGACCUUCAUCUCUACCCCAUUACCCGCCACCAUCCAGAAGUUGGCCUGUUUCUUCUCGAGCUCGCGUUGAUGAGUCUGUUUGUUUACGCUGUUGUGCGACAGGCACGCGCGAACACCGGGCGUGGUGGAGGUCGGCAGUUCGAGGACCGCUACGCCAAUCGCUGGAUGCUGCCGCCGUUGCUCUGCCAUUCCUCCGCCGGGGGUGGGGCUGGACCAACCGGAGAAGUCGGUGCCGCAUGCGUCCCCGUCGCAUCCCUCGACCACCCCAUCUUCUCUCCCCAAUCCAGCAACGGCAACUCUUUGGUUCGCCCGCGCGGCGUAGCACACCACUAUCUUCAACAUCUACAGCAGCAGCAUUUUUCCUUUUCGGUGUCUCGACCUUCGCCACCGACAUCGCCGGCCGGUGUAGCGAACGGCAACAGCGCAUCUGUACUGUACUCCGCCAGCGACACUCGACAUGAGGGCGUGCUAUCGUCUCAGCACGUUUGGAACACAGCCGCGGCGGCGGGCCUGAUCGUGUCGCCCUCCGUGGGCCCCACAGCCCCGCCGACGCCACCGCGGAAAGCAGCAAAGCUGACCACACUCGUCAAGCGCCUUCUGCAUAAAACCCCUGUUCAGGCGAUGAAGCGCACCCUCGGCUCGCUCUGGGGCACUGGUGGUGGUGGUGCAGAGAAGAAGAGCAAGGACGGACCGUCGGACAUUUGGAAUUGGGCCCCGAAACAAGAAAACCUCGCCGGCACAUCCGACGCGGCGCCACGCGAUCGCAGGCGUCGCGCUCCGGCAUCUUCACACGUUGGCUCGCCGCCGCCGCCGCCGCUGCAGCAGCACGCACACACCGACACGUCCCGCAUCUCCUCCUUGUCUGCCACGCAGCCGUCGUUGGCGCCGAUGGCGCUCCAUCUCGGCUUUUUGAUCUGUCUCAUCUUCUUCACCUGGCGUCUUUGCGUUGACUUCUACUUUGCGUGGUUUAGCUUUCAGUUUGAGCGGAACGACGCGCUGUACAUCUGGCUCAUCCCGUCUGGCGUCAUCGCCACCGCGGCCUUUCUGUUUCUCUUUGCGGGGGGACACUGGUACCGCUCUCAACUAACACGUCAGCUGCAACCCCUACUACGUGGGGACUCGGCGGAGCUUACCCGUCAGCGUCGCGUGCAAAGAGGCGCUGCUGCUGCCGCCGCCGCAUCGAGUCUGCAGGCGCUGCGGUGGGUGCAGUGGUGUGGCUGCUGCGUCCCGCACCCGCAGCCGGAGGUGGCCCCCGUGCCGCUGCUGCGUCGUCCUUCCCCAAGCGCACACGAGUCGCCGGCGUUCCACAAAAGCUGUCAUCAACGCCCCCCACUCAACACGCGUCUCCGCGCAGCAGCCGAUGCAGUUGCAGCAGGGAAAAGCCACGACCUUUCAACGUCGCUGCGUCUCUCUUCGAACGAGCCCGCAGGAGGAGGUGAGCACACGGCGGCGGCGGCGGCGAAUGUGGGCGAUUCAACAUUCCUAUUCGAGAACAGCGUCGGUGCUCGCGCGGGCGCUGACAGCGACAGCUUCCGCCACAGCCCCAGCGGGUACGAGAGCGAGAUGGCGUUAGGCACGGUGUGGCUGCGCCACGGCCCUCACGAGACACCGCUGACUCGCCCGCACCACUCGAACGAAGACGCGGAAGACGAAGAAGAGUUCGACAACAAUAUCAGUAGCAGCAGCGCUUACGACAACGCAGACUCAUGGAUGCCACGCGUGCGUCCCCUCCGCAGUCCGCCGCGGCCGGCCGCUUCCGCCAUAUCCACCGUCGCAGCAGCAGCAGCAGUAGCAACAGCGGCCACGUCGUCGUCAUCCUACGGUAUGGCUAUCGUGGAGGCAACCCCAUCCCUCUCCGCGUCGAUCUCGCCGCUGACGGGCGGACAGGACGGAUUUCCCACCGUCACGUCACCAGCGGCGCGUUCCUCGGGCAGCAGCUUCCUUCGACGCCUGCCCUCCACGGACCUGCUUCAACAUGGCAGCAGCACCGGCAGCACGAAUGGGGAUAGUAGCCGUCACGUCUUCCGCAGUGCGCCUGCGACACCGGUCGUCGCAGCACCGGCCGCGCACCGACUUGCACCGUCUGCUCGCCCAGCUGCCUUCACCGACUCCGCCUUUUCCGAUUCUCUUGCGCACUGGCGAGAUAAGCUGCAUCUCCCAGACCUUUUCAUGCGGCUGCGUCGCCUCUGCGGUCACCGCCGCUUCCGCGGUGGCGUCUUGUGCGAGGGCUGCACUGCACCGCGCCUCAAUCGGGAGGAGGAAGAGGAGGGAGAUUGUUUGACGGCCUUGGAAGACUAUCCCUGCUCCUUUGCCGCUUCAUCUUCGCAUGCGGCGGCAGCGGGGCUCUCCCGCCAGGGCCCGUGA